AACCUUUGCCCAGACAGGCCUUUUAUUGUUUUUGAAGCAGCGGAAGGGGAAAACAAAAUCUUAAGCUAAGAAGACAAAAAAUACACCUUCUCUAUCAGUUUUGGCGCAGAUCUUGUACAGCGAGAUGGAUCUGUGGAGCUGUGGCAUCUGUGUGGUGCUUUUUCUCUGUGACGUUGCAUAUACUGCUACUAUAUCAGACGCUGUCAGACAAAAAGGCACCCAAAGACAUCUGAUGGAGGUCAACAACAGCACUAAUAGCACUAGCACACCAAAGACUGACAGCCCAAAGGUGGAAUUGUCCUAUCUGGCUAUAGCGUUGGGCACAGUCAUCACCCUUUCACUCUUCAUCGUGUUGGUUGUUAAGUUUCGCGUUUUACAUCACUUUCUGGCCAGCUACAGACACUCCCUGCUCCAGGAGUCGGAUGGGGCGAGCCAGUACGGUCAAGAGGACAUGUCUUUCCCUAACAAUGUGUCCGGUAGGAUGGGAGUAGUCAGAGGGACUCAGACCGGGUUGGAUGAUGAUGACGAUGGCUUCAUUGAGGACAACUACAUCCAGCCCAGUGAGAAGCACAUGCCAGAGGGACAAAGACAGGAUGAGGAGAUAGAGGGGACAGAUGACAGUGACGAUGAUCUUCAGUUCACUAUAGGGUGAUUAAAUACAUUUUUCCAAAGUAACCGGUUUACAACAAAAAUAAUGACACUCCAAAAGUUGAUUCUGUUCAUCAGGAUGCAGCGUUUUCAUAAUUAAAGUUUAAAACAUUUGUGCCUCAUGAGCCCUUAAAAAAGACAGGAUUAUAAACUUCACAAGAAAUAGUAAAUCAGAAUUUCUUUCUUUUUUGGCCUGCUUAUAUUGCUCAUUUUGAAACCCUUAAAUUUAUUAUAUGACAUGGGCUCCAACUGCAACUCUAACUGCAGAAACUUCACAGUCUGAACCACGCAAAUGUUUUGGCCACAUCGUCCGUUAUUAUUAGAUAACCGACCUUAAGAGGGGCAAAAUUAAUACAAAACACAUUUAAAGUGCUGCAUUGACCUCUGUAAUGUGAUUUUUUUCUUUUAUGCUGUGUAGAAAUUGUUCUUAAAGUUCAAAUGUACUAUAUAUCGAUAUGGAUUCACAUAUUACAUAUGCUGUGCAUGUAACUCACAACAUUACAACAUUCAGUUUAUUUGCUAAUAAUGAUGUUAAUGUUUAUAUCCUGCUAAAUGCAAUUUUUUCCACACAUGCCAUUCAAUUAUUCACCUUUAAGUUACCUUUAAGUUUUUUUAUUACAUUUCUGCUUACAGUGAAUAUCAGAGAGUUAAAACAACUUCACACUCGCACUCACACAUCUUUGUUGUAGUCUGAAUGUUUGCGUGUAUGAAAUUACUUUUUUGAACAUUCAUGUCUUUAAUAAAGUCGUUCUUACUGAAAUUACAAACACA